GAACGCGAGCGGGGAGGCAAUUUUCAGGUCGGGACUUGGAUGUGUGACGCUGCGUUGAGACAAGUUAGUCGACAGGAACCAGCAAUCCGCAUCGAGGCCGAGGGGGAAAUUCUCACGAGUCACGUUUGGACUCGCAGCUGCUGCUCGGACAUGGGGGUCCGCAGCGCGCGGGGCGAUGCCCCGAGGCCGGGCCUCGCGCGCGCGGCCUUCGACCUGCUGGCCGCCCUACUGCUCGCGGUGAGGUCCGCCGACGCCUUGGAGAUGUCCGUCGGCAAGGUUCCCUUCUUGGAGGCCAUCAACGGCAGCACCGUUACGCUGCCGUGCACGUAUUCCAGCUGCAUUGGCAUCGAGAACCUUUAUUUUAGAUGGCAGUUCACCCGCAACGGCACCGUCCAAACGGUGUGCGACGCGGUGAUACCGUCCAAGGGGGCGGUGCCAAAGGUCAACAUGUACAAAGAUCGCUUCGAAUUUGUGGGGAAGAACAACAACAUUUCCAUCUUGUUGUGGAACAUCACCUUCGAGGAUGGAGGCCAGUACACCUGCUUUGGACGCAACCCCAAAGAAAAGGACAAGAACCACAGCGCCAUCUUCCAUCUGAUCGUCGUGGACGAACUGAGGGAAGUGGACAACACGGCGACCAUCAUCAUCGCCUCUGCGGUCGGGGGGGCCAUCGCGCUGCUCAUGGGCUUCAUGCUGCUGAAGAACUUCACUCUCUUUGUUCUUUCCAAGCUCGAGGAGAAAAAAAAGGAGUGCCUUGUAACCUCAUCAGGGAUCGACAACACAGAAAAUGGCCUCUCGGGAUCGAAAGUGAAUUCAAAAGCCAAAGCUCCAAAACAGAAAUGAGCAAGCGCACGCAUUUGAAAGCACAGGCCAGUCCUCGUACGAAUGAGCCUUCAUUGCAGUACAAAGUACUCGUGUUUCAACCGACGUUUGGUUUUUAAAUGUACACGCCACGCACACUAGAUAACAUUUUAGAUGCUUUGUCAAAUGCGUGCAGACGCUUUGGAUCAAUAUUUAGCCUUUCAAAGUCAAUCAGUGCUUAGCGUUGCACCCGAGUUCUACCAAACGUUACCGACACAGCACAAGCGAAUAUUACCGAGCUCGGGAUAAUAUCAUAAGCUUCUCUCUCCUCCAACCCUUAUGAAUGCCUUAGCGCUGUUGUUGCUUUGAUGAAAAAUAACUAAAUGCAAUUCGUGCAUGUGACAGCAUUUAGAAUGCUUUAAGAAAACGAACCAAAAAAACAAUAACAACUAU